AUGUCGCUCGCCGAGGAGCCAGGACCCCUCCCGGUACCGGCACGCUACCGCGGGAGGGCUGGUUUCCUCCCCGGUGAGGGCGGCAGGAAGCGCCGCCUCCCUCGCCCGGUCCUGCCGCUGCCCGGCCAUCACCGUGGCCCCCGGCUCAACAGUUGCCCCCGGGGCCGCUCCCCGGCGGAGCGUCCCGCAGCCCCGGCAGCCGCGGCCGGGCCCCCGCGCUGCCGCACCGGGGCAGCCCCGGACAUGGAGGUGGCGGCGGCCGCGCUGCCCCCGGGGAGGGCUCUUCCGCCACCGCCCGGCACCCCGCCGGCCGGCACCCGCAGCCGAACCGACCCGGGACGUCGCCGGUCCCCCCAGCCCGCACACCCCCCCCGCGACGCCCCACCGCCGCCCCCGGGGGUGUCCCGGGACCGUUUCCAUGGAGAUCCCGUCCGGACGGCCGGAGGGGGGGUCGGGCCACCCGCUCCCCUCCGCUUGCCCCCGUGUGCCGUGGGUGCGGGGCGGCGCGGGCCCGGGGUGCCCGGGCAGCGGGGGCCGGGGUCCAGCGCGGGGCGGCGCGGGGCGGUGGGUACGCACCUGGGGCCGAGCCGCCGCGCGGACUGCGGGUCCCGGCGUGCCGCGCGCCCCGGCCCGCGCGGGGGGGCCGGUCCGGAGAGGGAACGGGCGGGCGCGGGGAGGGAACGAAGGAGGGAGCGCGGGGAGGGAGGGAGGGGGCUCCGCGCCCGGCGCGGCCCCGGGAGGGGCGGGGGUCGGGAGGCCGCCGCGCCCGGGGUUCGGCACGGCACGGAGCGGAGUGGCUCGGCACGGGGAGAGCUCAACGCACACACGCCCCGCAAACACACACGCCCGCCCGACCCCGCGCCGGGGCACCGGCUCCCGCACCGGGGAGCGACGCUCGCUCCGCACCGGGGGGAGGAGAAGGAUGGAGGAGGAGGCGGCAGCGGGGGCGGGCGCUCGCUCCACGCCCGGGCAGCGCCGGGCGCCCGACAGCGGGCAGAGCCGGACGGGCAGCGCGCGGCGAGCGCGGCGCACGCAGCCCCGUUGCCCGCAGUCCCGAUGUCCCCAGCCCUAGAGUCCUCAGCCCCGGUCCCCGACGCCCCGCUGCCCCCCGCCCCGUUGCCCUCCGCCCCGUACCCCCCGCCCGGUGCCCACCGCCGGGCGCGGCCGUGGGAGGGUGGGUGUCUCCGGGCGCAGCGAGGCCGGCCGGUUGAGAGAACGCGGACCCGCCUGCCCAGCCCAGGUGGGCGUGUGGCCCCCACCCCUGCGACGCUGCCGCUGGGUGACCCCCCGGGCCCGCUCCCCCCUCCGGCUCGUUAUCCCGCGGGGCGCGCAGCGCUGCGGGGCGGGGGUCGAGGCGCCUCCCCCGCGCCAUGCGGGACAUCGAGCGGCACGGCACGGUGCGGCGGCCGCAAGUUUGUCACCGGUCCCCGCCCGCGGCACUGGGGCCCGCAGGCCCGGAGGCCGCCGCACCCUCGCCCUGGCCCCGCCGCCCCCCUCCGCCCGGCCCCCGCGUACCGGCAGCUGGGGGGGCCGCGGGGGUCCCUGCUCCUGCACGACCCGGAGGGGAGGGCGGGACUCGCCCCCCCCGCCCGCGGCGCGGGGGCUGCACGGGGACGGACAGGACCGGCUGGUCCCGGGGCGGGGGGCGCGAUGCCGCCACGGUGUCCCCCGUCCCCGUGCGGUGGCACCGCGCUCCGGCAUGGAGCGGCCCCGGGGGCGGCCAGGGGCCAGGGGCUCCCCGGGGCCGGGUCCCGCAGGGCUGCGGGGUGGGCUCGCACCGGGGCGGUGCUGCGGUGA